UGGACUCAACCUCAUGGAGGAAGAGCAAUCACAGGUCAAUCAACCUGAACUGAGCAGUCCGGUCCAGUUCUACCAGAGUGCUGUGAAUGCGGCCUUACAUAGUCCAAACGGACACCUGGAUUUGUUCCUCCGCUUCCUCCUGGGUCUUUCACUGCAGACCAAUCAGAGUCACCUACAAGGUCUGAUGACUCAGACAGGAAGUAGCUCACAGACCAAUCAGGAAACAGUCCAGUUCAUCAAAGAGAAGAUCAGUGAGGAUCUGUCUGCAGAGAAAAGCAUCAACCUGUUCCACUGUCUGAAUGAACUGAAUGAUGGUUCUCUAGUGGAGGAGAUCCAACAGUUCCUGAGGUCAGGACGUCUCUCCACAGAUAAACUGUCUCCUGCUCAGUGGUCUGCUCUGGUCUUCAUCUUACUGUCAUCAGAAGAAGAUCUGGAAGAGUUUGACCUGCAGAAAUACUCUACUUCAGAGGAGGCUCUUCUGAGGCUGCUGCCAGUGAUCAAAGCCUCCAACAAAUCUCUACUCAGUGACUGUGAUCUGUCAGAGAGAAGCUGUGCAGCUCUGUCUUCAGUUCUCAGCUCUCAGUCCUCCAGACUCAGAGAUCUGGAUCUGAGUUUCAACAAGCUGCAGGAUUCAGGAGUGAAGCUUCUGUCUGCUGGACUGGAGAGUCCACACUGUAAACUACAGACUCUCAGGUUGUGGGACUGCAGUUUGUCAGAGAUCAGCUGUGAAGUUCUGGGUUCAGUUCUGAAGAACAACCCGUCCAGACUGAAAGAACUGGACCUGAGCUUGAACAACAUCCAGGAUUCAGGAUUUCUUCAUCUGCGUGGUUUUCUGGAGAGUCCAGACUGCAGACUGCAGACUCUGAGGUUGAUGAACUGCAGUUUGUCAGAGAUCAGCUGUGAAGUUCUGGGCACAGCUCUGAAGAACAACCCGUCCAGACUGACAGAACUGGGCCUGAGCGGGAACAAAAUCCAGGAUUCCGGAUUUCUUCAUCUGUGUGGUUUUCUGGAGAAUCCAGACUGCAGACUGCAGACUCUGAGGUUGUGGAACUGCAGAUUGUCAAAGAUCAGCUGUGCUGCUCUGGUCUCAACUUUGAAGGCUAACCCAUCCAACCUGACAGAACUGGACCUGAGCCACAACAACUUUCAGUAUUCAGAUGUUCAGCAGCUCCAGGAUCUGGUGGAGAGUCCAAACUUCAAACUGCAGACUCUGAGGUGGGAGGGAAAAGCUCUUCUCUUUAUCAAAUGAGCAAAGAGGAGCAUCAUCAUCAUCAGCUGGUCUGCAGAGAUGUUGUUCCUGGAGGUGGAGAGCAGAGUGAUGGAGGAAUCGGAGGAAGUGGAGAUGAGUGUCAGAGCUGCAGCACGAACUGAUCUGAGAUCAGCUCCACUGUCUCUCUCAGCAUCAAGUGGACAGUUAUUGUGCUGCAACACUAACUUGGAGUGUUGGGAAGUCUUCUGCUUCUCUUCUCUCUCGUAUUUGGAGCUUCUCUUAACUUUGUCCACACACUCUUGUUGUAGUUUUCUCCUCAUGUUUCCUGAAACUGUUUCUCUGAAUGAUCUGUGUUGGUGAUUCAUCAGAUUCAGACAUGAUGGUUUCCUGCAGAAGCUCAGAAGUCUUUUCUGGUGUUUCUUGGACUCCUGCACGUCUCUGUACCACAGAGUGGACCAGCAUUCUCUGAGCAUCCUUCAGCUGGUCCAGAAAGCAGCAGCAUGGCUGUUGACCAAAGAAAGAAAACCUUUCAGCAGUUCUGGCCUCAGGAUUCUCCAUCUGUGAGCAUUUUGGUUCUUCUUUUUCAUCUUUAUCAGACCUUUCAGAACCACAAAGUGGACUGAGUUCCUCUGAUUAAAGGCUGCUGGGUUUUGUAUUUUGUUCAUUAUUUUACAGGGUUUUGUUCUAUUGUAACCAUGGUAACUGUGGGAACCGCACUCCUGUUUACUCUGAGUCCUGAAGCUGAAAUCCCCCCAGAACUAACAAAAGUCUCUCAGUUAAAUCAGUUUUAUAUCAUCUCUGUUCUGUUGAUUAUAAAAUAUUGACUCAUGCAGUUUGAAAGACUCAGAGUUUUAGUUUGAUGUUUUCUACAGUUUUAUGAUUGAACUUCCUUUUCCUUUGGUGUUUUCUGGGUAAAAGUGUUCUUUUUCAUGCUGACAGCAUUUUUAGCUGCAGUUUUUAAAGAAGUUUCAUCUAAAUCCAGUAGAAUCAGAUCAUUUUCUAGAAAGUCUGAAACUAGUAGAAACUUUCUGAGCAUAAAGCCUGUUUUCUCCAGAGGACAUGAAUGAACAGAGUGGAUGUUAGUGAGGAAUCACAGAGAAUCACUUUGAUGCAGCUGCUGCAACAACACUAACUGCAUUGAAGCAGGAGGGAGAAGGGAGACACCUGCUGGCUGUUUCCAGAACUGCAUCUUAGUGUCUAAAGGUUCAAACUGAAAGCUGUCUGUCAAAUUCCUGCAGCCUGUUUGGAUCUAAUAAAUGCUCUUUUGAAUCAA